AUGCAGUGUGAGGAGGGAACCGAGUGGCUGCUUGAGUUGCUGACCGAUGUGCAGCUGCAGCAGUACUUCCUGCGGAUCCGCGAUGAGCUCAACGUCACACGACUCUCCCACUUUGACUACGUCAAGAAUGAAGAUCUAGAGAAAAUUGGCAUGGGACGCCCAGGUCAGAGGAGGCUUUGGGAGGCUGUCAAGAGAAGAAGAGCCCUCUAUAAACGCAAGUCCUGGAUGAGCAAGGUGUUUCCAGUGAAACGAUCAGACACUGACCCCCAGCAGCCCCUCCCCCAGGGCGCAUCUUCCGCUGCCCUUCCGGUCAGCAGCGAGCAGGGGGCCUCGCUCACCUGCCUCAUCAGAGAGUCGGAGCUGCAGCUGUUAGAGCGGCUCGGCGAUGGCACGUUCGGUGUCGUGCGGCGAGGCGAGUGGACUGGACCAAACGGCGCAGUGCUGUCUGUAGCAGUGAAAUGUCUGAAAGCUGGCGUGCUGGACUCAGAAGGUCUGGAUGAUUUCAUCAGAGAGGUUAACGCCAUGCACACCCUAAGCCACCAGAAUCUCAUCCGCCUGUAUGGGAUCGUUCUCACACAGCCUAUGAAGAUGGUGACUGAGCUGGCUCCUCUGGGCUCCCUGUUGGAUCGUCUCAGAAAGCGUCAGGGUCACAUCCUCAUCUCACUCCUGUGCAACUACGCUGUACAGGUGGCCUGUGGAAUGGCUUACCUGGAGCAGAAACGUUUCCUUCACAGGGACCUGGCCGCCCGCAACGUUCUGCUGUUCACCAAUGAUACAGUGAAAAUUGGAGACUUUGGCCUGAUGAGGGCGCUGCCGACUCACACUGAUCAAUACAUUAUGGAGGAGGGCCACAAAAUCCCCUUCCCAUGGUGUGCGCCAGAGUCUUUGAAGUCUCGAACGUUCUCUCAUGCAUCUGACACCUGGAUGUUCGGAGUCACGCUGUGGGAAAUGUUCACUCACGGACAGGAGCCGUGGCUGGGGCUGAAUGGGAGCCAGAUCCUUCACAAGGUGGAUGUUGAGGCUGAGCGGUUGUGUAAGCCUGAUGAUUGUCCUCAGGAUAUCUACAAUGUCAUGCUGCAGUGCUGGAGCCCCAAACCUGAAGACAGGCCCACCUUCAUCGCUCUCAGAGACUUCCUGCUCGAGAGCAUGCCUACAGACAUGAGGGCCCUGCAGGAUUUUGAGGAGGAAGACAAGCUGCAGAUCCAAAUGAACGAUGUCAUCACUAUCAUUGAGGGAAGGGCAGAGCAUUAUUGGUGGCGAGGUCAGAACAGGCGGACGCUUCGUGUCGGUCAGUUUCCUCGUCACGUUGUGACGUCAGUGGCCGGUCUGUCUGCCCAAGACAUCAGCCGACCGCUGAAACAUUCCUUCAUCCACACUGGACACGGAGACACAGACCCGCACAGGAGCUGGGGACACGCAGACCGAAUAGACAGCCUGUAUUUGGGGAACCCCAUGGACCCUCCGGAUGUCCUGGGAUUUGAUGCUGGUACUGCAAGACCAACCAAACUACCCAACCGUGCAAAAAAGAAGCCACCUCCCCGCCCGCCUCAGCCUGCUGUUCUGUUUAAGAAGCCAUUAUAUGACUCAGUGAUGGACGAUUAUGAGGAUGAGGAUGACGUCAGCAGUUCAUCGGGGCUGAAGAAGCUGGGAGUGUCUCUGGGUCUGAAGCUCCGACCGUGGGAGGGAGCCGGUUUUCGUUCAGCCAAAAGUGAAGUGUCACUUAUUGACUUCACAGACGACAGCUUCAGUUCGACCACCCCCUCCCCGCUAUCAGAGACACACCAACCAGACGAAGACACCCUGAAGGACACUCCCUCCAUCCUGGACUGGCCUCUUCCUCAGCCAGCCUACGACGAGGUUGCGGCGGACCUUGAUGAGCAGUCCGAGGACCAGGAGGUGCGCUCCAUCAAUACAAACGAAGAAGCUGCUCCAGAGCCCAGCGUGGCGAGCAGGAGUGAGUCUCAGUCAGCUGACCUCUUCCAGGAGCUGCAGAGAGAGGUGAUGGUCAAGCUUCAGGUUCCCAUGGCAACAGGUCGCUCCCUCCCCUCCUCUCCUACUCCCAUGCCUCUUGUGCCUUUGGGCCCCCACCGACAGAUCUGCCUGCCUCCUCCCUCCCCCUCGUCCACCUCCUCUUUCACCUCCUGCUUUGAGGAUUUGCCAGUGCUGCCUCCUCGCAGCCCCGUCCCUCCCUUGCGUCCCUCCAAACACAACUUGUCUCGCUCCGCCCACCAGCAGGCUCGCUCCAGCUCCAUUUCACUGGGUGACGAGGACGACGCACCCCCUCAGAUCCCACCCAGGGACCAUGCCUUUUCUCAGCCAGGCUCUCGCUCCUCCUCUCCCCUCCCCUUGGUGCCCCCUCUUUCCUCCAUACAUGUGAUGCUGCCUCCUCCUCCUCCUCUUUCUGCCUCCUUACGUCGGUCUACCGGACUCCUGGGGCCCCUUCUGUCCUCCCCAUCGUCCUCUUCCCUGCAUCAAACAUCACAUUCCUCGCGGCUGUCAGCUCCUGGCUCCUCUUACUCCUCCACCUCCUUAUUGGAUCCGCUAACCUUUCGGGAUGGGCGUGGCUUAUCCUCACUGAUUGAUGGUUCUCAGAUUUCCACUCCUGCCCCCCUGCCAGAGAGACCCGCUUUUCUGGAGAGGUGGGUCAUUUCUCUAUGA